AGAAAUGCAGGAAGCAGUUCAGAUGGAACAGAAGACUCAGAUUUCUCUACAGACCCAGAACAUACAUACAGUUCAGAAAGUGAUGGUGCAUCAGGCCGGUCUGCCCGUGUGACACGAUCUUCUGCUAGGCUCAGCCAGAGUUCACAAGAUUCCAGCCCAGUUCGCAGUCCACCAUCAUUUGGAGCAGAAGAACCUCUUUAUUCUACGCGGAGAGUAACCCGCAGUCAGCAGCAGCCCACACCUGUAACUCCAAAGAAAUAUCCACUGCGACAGACUCGUUCAUCAGGCUCAGAAACAGAGCAAGUGGUUGAUUUUUCUGAUAGAGACACAAAAAAUGCAGGUGACUGUGAUGAGUCUCCACCCCGCACUCCAACUGGCAAUGCUCCUUCAUCAGAGUCUGAUAUUGAUAUCUCUAGUCCCAACAUGUCACAUGAUGAAAGUAUUGCCAGGGAUAUGUCCAUGAAAGAUUCAGGAAGUGAUCUUUCCCAUCGCCCCAAACGACGGCGUUUCCAUGAAAGCUAUAAUUUCAACAUGAAAUGUCCCACCCCUGGCUGCAACUCGUUAGGUCAUCUGACAGGAAAACAUGAGCGACACUUCUCUAUAUCAAACUGCAUGAUGUGGGAAGGGGAUUUAUAUAAUAUUUCUCUGGAUUUCAAGGUGAGAGCUCAAAGCCGAGACAAACAAUUGGAGGAGCGGAUGCUUUCUCACCAAGAGGAUGACAACAGUAGACAUGCUACCAGACACCAGGCACCAACUGAAAGACAAUUGAGAUACAAAGAGAAAGUUGCAGAGGUGAGAAAGAAGAGGAAUGCAGGCUUAACCAAGGAGCAGAAGGAAAAAUACCUGGUACAGAAACCUCAUUUCUUUUCCUUAGAGAGCUGAACAUGG